CCUCUCUGCGCCUUCGUCACGGUCCUUCUCCCCACCUCAACGGGAUCAAAACAGUGACCAACCUCGGCACGGCUAAGCUGUUCCCAGCUCAGAUCUCGCCCACCCAUAAACGCAUCCUCUGCACCCCGGAUCUUCCACGAUGCCAUUGCAGCUGUCGCAACAAUGGCCGGUGUCAUUCGUCAACCCAUUGAUGUUGCCUCGCUAGAGCGCUAUAUUCGCGCAAACGUCUCAGAAAUUCAGGUGCCCAUUGAUGUCAAGCAGUUUGGUUAUGGACAGUCGAACCCCACCUACCAGCUGACAGACAAAGCUGGCUACAAAUAUGUCAUGCGGAAGAAGCCCCCGGGGCAGCUCCUCUCCAAGACGGCACACAAAGUGGAGCGCGAAUACCGGAUAAUACACGCCCUCGAAAACACGGACGUUCCAGUACCGCGAGCUUUGUGCCUUUGCGAGGAUGACAGCGUGGUAGGCACGCCUUUCUACAUCAUGACGUUUUUGGAUGGGAGGAUAUUCGAAGACCCCGCCAUUCCAGGCGUCACGCCUGAGGAACGGACAAAAAUGUGGCAAUCUGCUACAGUCUCACUCGCGAAGUUUCACAGCGUCUCUCCAAAAAGCGUAGGGUUGGAGAGCUUCGGCAAGCCAAGCGGCUUCUACAACCGGCAAAUCGCGACUUUCAAAACGAUUUCCGACGCCCAAGCUAAGGCUGUGGAUGUUGAGACGAAGAUACCCGUCGGAAAGAUCCCGCAUCAAGAUGAUAUGGUUGCAUUCUUUAGCGACCCGAAAACGCAGCCCAAAGAUCGUAGUACAUUCGUCCAUGGCGACUAUAAAAUUGACAAUGUUGUGUUUCACAAGACAGAGCCGCGGGUUAUCGGUAUCCUAGACUGGGAAAUGUCGACUGUUGGCCACCCUCUCUCUGACUUGGUUAAUCUCCUCACUCCAUUCCUGACUGCACGGUCGGAGAAGGCUCGUAGCGUGGGCCGGGGCAGCGAAGACUUCCUGCCGGGAGCCAUUGAAGGGCUUCCUACCCGGGACCAAGUUAUUGAGUGGUAUAGAGAGAGUGCUGGAUGGGACCCUAAGCCGGAGAUGACAUGGGGUGAUGCUUUCGGGAUAUAUAGGAGCUCGAUCAUCAUGCAAGGUAUAGCCGCACGAUACGCCUUGAGGCAAGCGAGCAGCGAGAAGGCAAAGGAUUACGCGGCUCAGAUGAAACCGUUCGCCGAGGUCUCAUGGGACUUGGUGCAGGAAUAUAAGAAAGCGCACGAGAGAGCGAGGCUGUAG